GAAUGGAUGAAGCUACAACAACAGAAAAGAAUGGAAGGAAUUUGAUGAAUAUUUCUACUUCUAUAACAGAAACAUCAACAUCAAAACAUAAAACAUCAGGCAAUUCAUCUACAAAGAUAUCAAAUCUGUCGACGACAUCGGCAUCUCCAAGCAAUAAAGAAUUUACCAAGUUAGAAAGUUAA